AUGUUUCGUCUUAGCGGGUGGCAUUCCAACUCGGCCACGCCUACGGCAACGACCGCUGUUAAGGUCGGCGCGGUUCUCCCUCCUCCACCAAAUUGGGGCGCCUACCUUUGCAACUGGCCUCACGGUAGGAAGCCAACGCACAAGCAUAGCCGCCCCCAGGGAGGACCAAAAGGAGAACUGAGUUUGAGACCAAACCUAACAGACACGAAGCAAACCCGGCAGCAGCUCUUACUUCUUCUACAUCGUCAGUCUUCAAGUAGGGCGGCCGUGGCUGCUACUUCUUCUACUUCUAGUGGUGCGAACGAGGAUAGUUUCUUCUUCGCCGGUUUCUAG